AAUGUAAAAGUUUUUCAGCAAUCAAAAAUGGCAGAUACUUCAAGCAAUGACCUUCAAUUUGAGUACCACUGCGCGAAAGCGUUUUACCGCUCUAACGAGGGGAAGGCCUUCAAACUUAGUUAUGACGAGAAAUUGAGAUUUAUUGCCUUAUCAAAACUGGUGGCUAAAGGCCCUUAUGACCCCGAACGAAACGACGGGUCUCAGGACAGCGCUUUGGACGUCAGUUACUUCAACCUGGUAGGUAAUGAUAGAAAAGCUGCGUGGCAGAAAUUGGGAAAUAUGUCCAAGGAAGAUGCAAUGAUUGCUUUUGUGAAAGAGUUACGUGGUUGCUGUGCACUGUUUGAGCCGUGGUAUAAGGCCCAUUUGAAUAUCGAGCUGGAGAAACGGAGAAGAGAAAACGGUAGCUUGCUUGACUCUUCUUACGAGGGAGUGGGGGGCAAAGAUGGAAUAAGUGGUGGUUAUGCAAAUGAAAAUCAAGGGGAAAUUUUACGUAAAGACAACAAAAUGAGUGAAAACUCGGUAAAUUCUUUGCAAUCAUUACCUUGGAAAAACAAUGGAGCUGCUGCGAAUAAUUCCAAGCGAGAUAGAACGGAAGCAAAUGUGGAGAAUAUUAAAGGAGAGCAGAAGAAUAAAAUUGGAACAACGGCAGCAGCAGCAUCAGCAGCGGGUACGAAUAGCAAUUCAACAGCGUCUAGUAAAGACAAUAGCAGUGAUAACAGUGCAUCUUUCAACGCUUCCCAAUUUGUAAACUACUCUUCUGCGAAUCCUGGGUUUGGGGUUACCAGCGGAAAUACUGACAAUUUGUCCCAUAUUCACCAAAUAGAACAGCAAAAGGCCCUAAUCAAAAAUGUUUUGAACGCACAAACCUUCCAGCAAUUCAAACAGUAUGCAGUUUCUCGCUACCCGCAAGACAAAAAAGAGCAGGAAAAACUGAUCGGGGAAUUACAAGAGCAGCAUUUUCAGCAGUAUAUGCAACAUAUUUACUUCCAACAAAUUGCCCAUUUGAAAGCUUCGGCCCAGCAAAAUAAUUCAUCCAAUAUCCCAAUUAGCCCGCAACUAAAUAGCAUGACGACAAAUACCUCUGAAGAUGGGUUUACUCAAAUUGGAGCCUCCAGCAAGCUGAGUUUUGAAAAGGAGACGAAAUCUUCGAAAGAUAAUGUCACGAUUCAAAACGAAACAAACUCGGCUGCCAAUGCGAAAUCCGAAACAUCGGAACAAAAUGCGAAGACUCAACCAACGACUGGUGACCCUGAGAAAGGACUUUAUUCGCCAUCUAGUGAUAAUUUGCUGGUGGCCAAUCCAUCAAUGUGGACGAAUAAGAAUAUGAAAGAGUUUAAAGACCUCGUGAAGAAAGACAGCAACCUCGUGAUUCGCGUUGGCCGAGGAGAGCUCGUGACCAUUCGGGUUCCCACUCACGAAGACGGAUCGUUCCUCUUUUGGGAGUUCGCAACGGAUCAUUACGACAUCGGAUUUGGCCUACAUUUCGAGUGGACAAUCUCACCGACCAAUGAAAUCACGAUCACAGCAGAGGAACCAGAUGAAGACGAAGACGACGAGAUUGUUGACUCGGGAAAUCCGAAUGAUGUCGAGAAGAUGCAACAUUUUGAUGGCGACGGAGACAAGCCGGCGCUUGACGUCAUCGCGCCAAUUUUGAGACGAGACAGCCAUACUGAAGUUCAAGCAGGAAGUCAUGAAUACCCUGGCCAAGGAUGUUAUCUUCUCAAAUUUGACAACACCUUUUCACUGUUCAGAGGCAAGACGCUGUACUACAGAGUUUAUUAUACCAAGUAGAUAGUGUUACUACUUGUUGCAAUAGACUUGACUACCUUCCUUUGCGCGCAUUACACAGAAUUUUCCGAUCCGAUCACUUUGUCUGGUGGCAGCGUUAAAUUUAUGCGAAUUUGGUGAAUGCUAUUAGUUUCAACUUUACUUGAUCACAAUUUAUGUUGCCCUUAUAAGUUUGUUGCAGAAGUAUUAGAUUUCUAAUUCCUCGAAAAGCUUACAAAUAUUUUUUAAAAACUUGUUUUUUCAAAAUCAUGUUCUAGGGUCUUGAAUUUUUGUGUCAAAAUUUAUACAUCGGUGAAGUUGAGUGUAAUUAGAACAUCUAAUAAUUAAAAAAUUUAUGAAUUUUAAUAAUUUAUCCUUUCCUUAAAUUUUCCCAAAAUGCAUUCAGUCAAAAAUGCGUGGAUAUAAUUAAUUUUGUAUUUAUAUUGCUACUGUUUUAAAGUAUUGUAUAGAACUUGGUGCUGUCCCUUAAUAUCGUAUCCAUGGCGGUUAACUAUCUAAUGAUAAUGAAUCAAAUCGAUAAUAAUUCA